CGGCGCGGGCCGGGGACGCUGACGCUGGAACAAAUAUGGCGGCCCGCGGCUCUGGGGCCGCUCCGGGGCCUCUCCCGCUGCUCCUGUUCCUGUUGCUGCUCCGCGCCGGCCCCGCCAGCGCCCGCGUCCACCACCUCACCCUCAAAGAUGAUGUGAGGCAGAAAGUGCACCUGAAUACCUUUGGCUUCUUCAAGGAUGGUUUCAUGAGAGUCAAUGUCAGCAACCUUUCCCUGAAGCAACUGAGGGGCUCUGACAUGAAGGGUUUAUUAGUUGGGUUCAGUUUGGAUCGAACAAGGAAUGACGGGUUCUCCACUUACCUGGAUGAAGAAGUGGAUUACUGUAUCUUGAGAAAGACACCAGAGCCAGAUGUCUCUGUUGUAAUUUUACUUCUGGAAAUUGAAAGGAAAGUUGUGAAGGUACAGUUCUCUGCAGAAGCUGCUUCUUUGUUACCUAAAAUUUCAUUCAUAUCUGAGGAAAAUGUUACUGCCUUAAGUACCAAGCCACUAAAAACUUCUGAACCAAGCAGUGAUUCUGAUAAAAACCCUUCAAAGACCAAUGAAAAUACAGAUGGCAAAGAUAAGAAGUCCGAACACAGCACCGCAUCCUCCCAGACUGUUAUAGAACAAGAACAUCCUGUUCACAACGAUGGGGGAACUUAUUCAUUUCAGUUCUUUUUUAACAUCAGCUCUGAUAGCCAAGAGGGGCUCUACAGCCUCUAUUUCCAUAAGUGUGUUGGCAAGAAGGGGCCAGCUAAUGAUCAGCUGCGAUUCAGUCUCGAUAUAGAAAUUACGGAAAAGAAUCCUGAAAGCUACCUCUCAGCAGGUGAAAUCCCACUGCCAAAACUUUACAUUUCCAUGGCUAUGUUCUUUUUCCUGUCUGGGACUGUAUGGAUCCACAUACUUCGUAAACGGAGAAAUGAUGUUUUUAAGAUUCACUGGCUCAUGGCAGCCCUUCCUUUCACAAAAUCUCUGUCCUUGGUCUUCCAUGCGAUCGACUAUCACUACAUCUCUUCUCAGGGAUUUCCCAUUGAGGGCUGGGCUGUUGUUUAUUACAUCACUCACCUACUGAAGGGUGCCCUUCUGUUCAUCACUAUUGCCCUCAUUGGCACAGGCUGGGCUUUCAUUAAACACAUCCUGUCAGAUAAAGACAAAAAAAUUUUCAUGAUUGUCAUCCCACUUCAGGUGCUGGCGAACGUGGCGUACAUUAUCAUAGAGUCAACAGAGGAGGGCACGACUGAGUAUGGCCUGUGGAAAGAAAUCCUUUUCCUGGUAGACUUGCUGUGCUGUGGAGCCAUCCUGUUUCCAGUGGUAUGGUCAAUAAGACAUUUACAAGAGGCUUCAGCAACAGAUGGGAAAGCUGCCAUUAACCUAGCAAAGCUGAAGCUUUUCAGACAUUACUAUGUUAUGAUUGUGUGUUACAUUUACUUCACACGGAUCAUUGCCAUUCUCAUAAAGAUUGCUGUUCCAUUCCAGUGGAAAUGGCUGUACCAGCUGCUGGAUGAAAUGGCCACACUCGUGUUCUUUGUCCUCACUGGGUACAAGUUCCGUCCAGCAUCAGACAACCCUUAUCUCCAGCUUUCUCAAGAUGAUGAGGAUGACCUGGAGAUGGAAGCUGUGGUGACAACUUCAGGAGUAAUGGAGGGCAUGAAGAAGGUCAAGAAAGUGGUGAAUGGUUCAGCAGAGCCCCAGGGCGAGUGGGAAAGCACGGCAUGAUGGACUGGACUAAGGCAGCACUUUCAGAGGAACUGUUUUAAUUUAUUAAUAUUACUCUCAGUGGAAAGGGAGCAACUUGCACUUCCCACCACUGAAAUGGCAGAGUGGGGUGUGUCUGGGGGGAGGAAAGCGGUGCAGAAACAUAACUGUUCCUUUGAUCAUAAGAAAAUGGGAUCUCCUGGUACCUGCAAGGAGUGUGAAGCUUUCCUAGGGAUUUUGGGUAGCUUAUUCUUUUUUUUUUCCCCCCCUUUCUGGAUCGGUUCUGCAGCCUGAAUUGUUUGCAGUUGCAUUCUUCAGAAUGUGUAAUGCUAAUGUGAAGAGAGACCUUCAGUGUGUAUGUAAAGUAUAUAUUUUAUAUAAUGUGCAUAUAUAUAUAUAUACACACACACUAUGUAACAUGUAUGCCAGGAGUUACAAAGCGUGGGAAAAGAAGAUAAGAGAUGUAAGUAUUUUUUUUUUCUUUUUAUAAACACUCCUUUAGACAAAACGUUGCAAAACAUGAGUAGGAGCAACUGCAGUUAUUUGAGAGACUGAAUGGGUGUUGGAUGAGGUGACUUCUGGCACUGCUCACACCAGUGGGAAAGUGAUAAGUAUCUUAUUUUAUCCAUGCAGGUAUCCACCUGAACGUGCCAGGUUUUUAGAUGUGUUACUGUACAGGAAACAAGUGACUGUUCUCCAUUAAAGCACUGAGCCCACAGUGCAAUAAGAAUUAA